AUGGCGACGAUGGCGUUGGUCUCAGCCAUCGGUCUGCUGCCGGUGCUGCUGAUGGUGAUGCUGCUGACAGUCGUGGCUGGCCAACAUUUGAAACCAUUGGAUGAGAAUCGACCGCAAUUGCAACCGACCAACCAGAAAUUAGCCGAUUUCGUCAAGGUCCCGCGACAAUUGCUACCGUCUCGUCUGUUACCGCACCGUGACUUCGGGAACACGCUCUCGAGCACCGAGAGACAUCUCCGGAAACGAGAAUUAGGUGACCUUGCAGCAAAUUUCCAACCGCUAACGCUGCCCCUGGUCGUUGGAGCACCCUUGCCGCUCCAUCGAACUGUUUUCGAGCCGAGCACCAAGACCAACCGCGGUGUCGGUGUCGGUGUCGAUGUCGGUCGCGUUAACGAACCGACGACGGGGACGGCGACGCCGAUAAAACACGCGAUCGAACCUCGCGUUACCUUUGUCGGACCACAGAUCGUUCCCACGCAACGAAGAAUAUACGACAAUCACCGCGCGGCUUCCUUUUAUCAUAGCCACGGUCAUCGUCACGGGCAUCACGCUCAUCACGAUCAUCAUGCGAAACAUAAACACGAUCACGGUCACAAACACCAUCACGAUCACGAACACAAACACGGACACGAGCAUCACAGCGAGCACAAGCAUCACGAGGAGCAUAAGCAGCAUCACGAUCACCAUCAUCAUCACGGACACGAUCACCAUCACGGUCACAAGCAUCACGAGGAUCACAAACAUCAUCACGGUCACGAGCAUAAACACGAACACAAGCACGGCCACGAUCACAAGCAUCACGGACAACACCAUCAUCAUCAUGGUCAUCAACAUCACUCGAAACACGAGCAUCACGAAGAACACAAACAUCACGCCGAGCAUCAUCACCACCACAAGCACCAUCAUCACAACGAGCACCACCACCAUCACGAACAUCACCACGUUAACGAACAUCAUCAUCAUCAUACGCACAAGGAAACCGAAAAUCACCACCACCAUCACGGUCACGAACACAAGGAGGAACACAAACACGGCCACAAGGAGGAGCACAAGCAUCACCAUGGACACGAGCACAAACACGGACAUCACGAGGAUCAUCACCACGGUCAUCACGAGGACCAUCAUCACAAACACGGCCAUGAACACAAGCACGGUCACCACGAGGAUCAUCAUCACAAGCACGGCCACGAGCACAAACACGAACAUCACGAGCAACACCAUCACGGCCAUCACGAGGAUCACAAGCACGACCAUCACGAGGAUCAUCACCACAAACACGGUCACGAGCACAAGCAUGGCCACAAAGAGGAACAUCAUCACGGUCACCACGAGGAUCAUCACCACGGUCACCAUCAGGAUCACAAACAUCAUCAUCACGAGCAUCACAAGCACGGCCAUGAACACAAGGAGGAGCACAAGCACGGCCACGAUCACAAGCAUCAUCACGAUCAUCACGAGGAACAUAAACAUCACGAACACCAUAAACACCACGCAUCCCACGAGCAUAAACAUGACCACUCCCACGAGGAAGCUCACAAGCACGUCGACGAACAUCGUCACGAAACCCACCACAAACAUCACGAAAAUCAUCAUCACUCCUCUUACGAAGGACACGGCCACGAACAUUUCAAAGGACUCGGACAUUACUUUGAUGCAUCUCAGAAUCACGAGGAGUACGUGUUUCCGGAAGAAAGCGAAACGAUCGUUGCUAGCCCACCGGUCAACGAUAUUCUUAAAAUUAAGAAAGACCCGGAACUGUCGCCGACCGUCGAACAAACGGCACCAGGUCAAGCCUAACGGUAACGGUAUAUAGUAAUAUAAUAUACAAUAAUAUAUGAAAGCUGGAUCGCGGUAUCCGAGUUCAUCGCGUUCUUAAAGAGAGCUACGAUACGAUCAGAAUGGGAAACUCAUCGACGGAUGUGCCCAAUCAGCAAAGAGACGGCCCAGGCAAAGAGAACGACGCCGAUGCCAACGCUUACGCCCUACGCCAACGUCGGCGUCGCGAUGAAAAUUACGGCCGGAUGGCUGUGCGCAGAAUCGCACAACGAUCAACGUCCCAGCGUGUGCAAUCCCGCACAGUCGCGAAAACGUGGCGGAAACUCGGUAAUCGUGCUGCUUAUUUAUUAUUUUCCCACACAAUUAGUUGAAACUCGUGCAAACGAAUGCACGAAAGUUAAGAAAAAGAAAAUAAAAAAAAUAAAAAAACUCAUUUAAACUUUACAUUUAUAAAUGUUUAUAUUUACUUAUGUUUUUAUAUCCGCUAUACUUCAAAUCCCACAGACCUGCAAACUUUUCAGAAAAUUAACAUUUUCGUCUUACCGAAAUUUUCUUGUAAGCCAUAACGUAAAUUCAACAAUUUGGAAAUUGUUCCUCGUUAGUCAGCCUCGAUUGUAUCUUUGUUGACAACUCUGAAAUAUAAAGUUUUCUCAAGUUUACGAUCGACCCCGUGCCUCUAUUAAGCCCUUCCCGGCUCGGUAGCAAAACUCCGAUAGAAGGAACGGUCCGAUUCUAGUUUCGAACUGCGACAACGUUUAAACUUUGCUCUCGAGAUGUUGAAAUUCCGACAGAAAAUGGAAAUCUUUCGUCCAGCGAGAAUUCACGAGGGAAAUAAACCAAAAGCUCGACGUGGUAAAUAUGUAAGGCCCGUUUAAUGAAAAGUCCGAAAGGUAAGGCUCGAGUCGGAACAACUAUUACGGUGUUUCUAAUAGCGAAAGACC